AUGUUUGCCCUACGCCGCACCGCUGCCAGAUCACUCAACAUUCGGCACACCCUCUUCACUACACGGAAAUUCUCCCCCAGAGUCGCUCAAGUCACGUCGGCCUAUAUCACCACUACUAGAGGCUUCGCAAAGCACGCAACUAUGAUUGAUGAUCAAAAAUCAAUGAGAGAUAACUAUGGCAUGGACCAUACCUCGGGCUAUAAGCAGCCUGUAUGGAUCGCCACUGAGCCUUACAGCAAAUUUCCAGAGUUUCCAAAGUUAGACAAGAAUCUCAGUACUGAGGUUCUGAUUGUUGGUGCUGGAAUUGCUGGUAUAAGUGCGGCAUAUGAGUGUGUUAAGAGGGGAAAGUCAGUCACCCUCAUUGAUGCACGAGCCGUUCUGUCUGGGGAGACCGGAAGGACUUCCGGACAUCUUAGCAGUGCCUUGGAUGACAAUUACUACGAGUUGAUCAAAACAUUCGGCGAAGACGGUGCCAAAAAGGCUUUUGAUUCCCACCAGUACGCACUUGAGCAUAUCGGUGAAGUCGCAGCUGCAGAAGGCAUCGACUGCGAGUACCGAACGCUCCCCGGGUACCAGAUUGUCGAAGUACCGGACAGCCACCCCGACUACUCCUCCAAGAACGAUCUCCCACAAGAGCUCGAGGCCUGUAAAAAGCUCGGGAUCAACGUAAACUACAAUGAGAAAGGCAGCAUAGGUGAGGCCUACACCGGGGCCGUCCUCGAGUGGCCUAAGCAGGCGACCUUCCACCCUACAAAGUACCUGAACGGAAUCCUGAAAUCAUUAUCAACCAAGCACAAGGGUCUGUUCCAGGCAUACUCCCACACCCGUAUGUCAAAGCAUAAGGACAGUGGAAGUGGCGUCACAGUAACCACUGAAGGCGGCCAUGAGAUCGACGCAAAACACAUGAUCAUGGCCACCAAUGUCCCGCUACACAUGCUCGAGGUCAUCGACAAAGAAGCCUUUUAUCGCACGUACUGCGUUGCCAUGAGGGCACCCAAGGGCGCCUACAAAGACAUUCUCAUCUACGACAACGGCGACCCCUACGUCUACGUCAAGAAGACAGCCCACCCGGAUCCAAAGUACGAGUACAUCAUCACCGGAGGCGAAGACCACAAAGUCGGGCAGGAAAGCACCGAAGGGUACGAGGCCCACUAUAAAAAACUUGCAGACUGGACACGCGCACAUUUCCCCUUUGUGGAGGACGUGGAGUUCAAGUGGUCCGGCCAGAUCGUGGAGCCGAACGACUACAUGGCGUACAUCGGGCAUAACACUGGCUCCGACAGGGACGUUUACAUCAACACCGGUGAUUCCGGAAACGGCCUCACACAUGGUCCCUCGAGAAAGCCGAAGCCGAGAACUAUUCCCGAUGUCAUUAGCGAGAACCUUAACCAGAACUUGCAGUACAAGAGGUACAUCGCAUCGGACGUAUCAGACAUUGAGGAGAUCCCCCCAUGCUCGGGUGCGGUCAUGCAUGGCGGAUUGUCGAAGCUCGGAAAGCCGAUCGCGGUGUACAAGGAUGGCGAGGGCAAUGUCACCAAGUUUUCGGCGAUAUGUCCCCAUUUGCGUGGUGUGGUUGCGUGGAAUGCGUCGGAGAAGAGUUGGGACUGUCCAGUUCAUGGAUCUAGGUUUGAUGGACUUACUGGAAAGUGUGUUAUGGGACCGUCGAACAGAGGACUUGCGGCGGAGGAUGAGGCGGCAAAGCAGGCACAGAGUGGGACUUCGGGCUAA